AUGGAGUGGAAACAGCAGAACAAGACAUAUCAAAUUCUCAAGGCCGCCGAAGAGGGAGGAUAUGGCGUGCUUGCAGCGAUAGCGUACAACAUCGAGAGUAUUUUGGGUCUUAUAAGGGCUGCGGAGGCGAAGCGGUCGCCCCUGAUCCUCCAAAUGUUCCCCUGGGCGAUCACAUAUAGCGAUGGACUGUUAGUGCACGCAGCUGCCCAGCGAGCACGUCAGUCUUCAGUACCGGUUGCUAUUCAUCUCGACCAUGCACAGGACGAGGCCUUGAUCAAACACGCAGCUGCGAACUUGCCUUUUGACUCAAUCAUGGUGGACAUGAGCCACUACGAGAUGCAUGAGAAUCUGCGGAAGACUCGGGAACUGGUCGCGUUUUGCAACCAACACAAGAUUACCACUGAAGCAGAGCCUGGUCGCAUUGAGGGCGGCGAAGACGGUAUUGCUGGUACUGCAGAUCUCGAGGGUGCUUUGACAACCCCGGAACAAGUGGAAGAUUUCAUUGCCACUGGAAUUGACUUCCUAGCGCCUGCAUUUGGUAAUGUCCACGGCGAUUAUGGCCCAAGGGGUCCAGUCUUGGAAUACGACAGACUUGCCAAGAUCAGGGAGACGAUUGCUGGCAGAGUACGCCUUGUGGUCCACGGAACAAACGACUGGAGCGAGGAGGUGACCAAGAAGUGCGUGGCUGGUGGGUGUGUGAAGGUCAACGUUAACAAGCUGGUGUUGCUGGACUACUUGAAUCAUCUGAAGGUAAAUGCACCAUCCAAGAGUAUCACGGUACUGAUGGAGGAGGGGACCAAGGAGAUCCAGGCACUUACCGAGUGGGCUAUGGAUAGGGUCAAGAGUCUCAGACCCAAGGCCCCUAAGGGUGGCAAUUCAGAAAAUGUCAAAUGCCUGAAGGGUGACAUCACCGACGCAGCAUUUGUGAAGCAACUGCUUGACGCCGCGCAGCCGCUCCAUGCUAUUUUCAUCUUCCACGGCAUCAUGUCGGCAGGUUCUGAGGCAAACUUUGAUCUUUCGAUGAGAGUCAAUGUGGAGAGCGUCCGAAACUUGCUCCUUUCCAUACGAGAGCUGCCGCAGGCACCAGUAAGAGUGGUGUACUCGAGCUCACAGGCUGUGUACGGGCAACCUCUACCCAAGAUCAUAGCGGACGAUGUCACGCCUACGCCCGAGGGAACUUACGGUGCACACAAGUACUCUACUGAGAUAAUCAUCAACGACAUGCACCGAAAAGGCUUCAUCGACGCAUUCACAGUUCGGUUUCCAACGGUGGUGGUCCGGGCCGGCGCACCGAGCAAUGCGGCCCCCUCGUUCCUCUCAGGCAUGAUUCGGGAGCCAAUGAAAGGAGAAGAGUGUGUGAUACCGCUCACGGACAGAUCGUACAAGACAUAUGUAUGCUCUCCGAGCAGCACAAUCGAGAACCUGGUGCGGGUGCUCAACCUCAAGAGUGAUGCCCUGCCAAAACACCAGCGGCACAUCAUGUUCCCGGGCGUGUCAACUACUAUCCAGGACCUGAUGGAUGCUCUGGCCAAGCACGGUGGCCAGGACAAGCUCAAGCUCCUCAAGGAGGAGACGAACCCUACUUUCGAGAGGAUCCUGAGGAGCUGGCCGGAAGACUUCGACCCGAGCACGCCGGACAGGCUUGGUCUGGUCAGGGAUAAGAAGGCGGAGGACUUGGUGAAGGAGUACAUUGAUUCCUUGGGCUCGCAAUAA